UCGUCAGAACCGCAGACUUCGAAGAAGAAAUAUAUUACCGGAGAGUAGAGGAUCGUCUCUUCCCUAUACAGAUUGGCCAAGCUCUUCACAGUAAUCAAGGUACCGCAUACAAGGUUGUCUGUAAGUUAGGUUGGAAUGAGCAUGGCACUACCUGGCUCUGCAAAGACGAAGAGUACGAUCGCCGACAAAGACAAGCAAUUUGUGACUAUCAAGCUUCACCGCCACCGAGACAGUAAUCCGGAUACCGACAACGAAACCAGCGUCUACCGGGUACUCAAAGCUACAGUAGAUCAUCUCGAGACUCAACGCAUUCUCCCACUUAUCGACAAUUUUGUGCUCACGGAUGGCCCGGAGAGGUUCCAUGGCUUGGUACUCCAGCCAUACGCUUUCUCUCUCCAAGAUUUGGUCAAAUCCAAAUGUCUGGAGGACGAUGAUUUGCCCUGGAUAUUGAAGAACGUACUGCAAGCCCUGGAAUUUAUGCACCGGCGCGGCGUCUUCCAUUUGAACAUUACGACAGAGAGUAUAAAGCUAAAGCCGCAAACCUCGCACGUGUUUUUCGAGUUGGAAAACAAGGAAAGAAAUCGCCCGAGCGACCGAAAAUUGAACACGGCUUAUCCACCAGGUCAUGCAAUCUACAAAUCCCAGACUUUGGACUGGAAACAUGGUGUGUGGUCUUCUUAUCUCGUUGGCGACGUUCUGCUGGCGAAUUUCGAGGAAGCACGCCAAAGGUCCGUCACAGAUGUUGUACAGCCAGCAAUGUAUCGGUCCCCCGAGGCCACUCUACGCCUGGUUUACGGGCCACCAGCCGAUAUCUGGAAUCUGGGGUGUAUGAUGGCCUGCGUGGUACUGGAUGAUCGGUCUGACCUACCCCUUAUGUGGAAGGCAGACGCAAAAUGGAGUGCAGGGGCUCAUCUGCAAAAAAUUACGAAAACGAUAGGCAUACCGCCAAUAGAUAUAGCCAGAACAAUUGGGUGCUCACACUUACCCAACACUGGGUAUAGAAUGGAUGGGAAUUGGAAUCUGUCCAAAGGCCACGCGCCUAGAAACCGUUUGCGUGAGUUUACAGAGACUCACCAUCCAGGCUUUUUUCUGUUUUUGCAAGCUUGCGUGAAAUGGAGGCCUGGUAGGCGGGCCACAGUUGGGGAGCUACUCAGACACGCUUGGAUCAGGAAUGCUACGAGCCGUCAGCAAGACAAAUGGUUGAAAAAAGUGCCUGCCGUGACACGGGGCUGGGUAGCACGCGCUGCGACUGCAUAG